UUUUUGGUGUUACUAGGGGUAUGAUGAUGAUUAUGAUGAUGACAGCAUUUAUUCAAAUUGUUGAUUACUUUUUCUCUUGUUUUCGUGAUUCUGCAUGUCUUUGUAGUCGAAAAUUUUCUCUAUCAUAAUUGUUUCCUUUAUUAAUGUUAUAUCUCUUAGUAUAUUAUAUUCGUAUCAAACUGAGAUUGACAUGUUGACCAUUUUAGUAUUGCUGUCUUUAUAUAGUGAAUAUGCAAUCAUUUUCUAGUGGAUCAGUAACUAAUUUUGGCAUUUCAACAUCUGCAGUUUUGUUAGACACUCCCAAUUAGUUUGAUACUUUGAGCUAUUUGGUUGUUGGAGUUUGGCAAGUCAGAUUGAUCUUUGUCAGAAAGAUGAGCUGCAGCAUCAGUGCUGACAGCAAAGAACAAUCUGCUGAUUCAGCUUUGUUUGAUGAACGUGGUAGUUAUGGAGGGAGUUCAAAUGGAGGAGUUGUUCUGAAGAAAGGGCCAUGGACCUCCGCAGAAGAUGCAAUUUUGGUGGACUAUGUGAAGAAGCACGGAGAAGGUAACUGGAAUGCAGUCCAGAAACAUUCAGGGCUUUCUCGGUGUGGUAAAAGCUGCCGUCUGCGAUGGGCUAACCAUCUUAGGCCAAAUUUGAAGAAAGGUGCAUUUACUUCAGAGGAAGAACGAUUAAUCAUUGAACUCCAUGCCAAGAUAGGUAACAAAUGGGCUCGAAUGGCUGCAAAUCUGCCUGGACGUACAGAUAAUGAAAUAAAAAACUACUGGAAUACCCGGAUCAAAAGACGUCAACGUGUUGGCUUACCAUUAUAUCCUCCUGAGUUAUGCAUGCAAGCAAUGCAGGAGAAUGAACAAAAUCUAAAUGCAUCUGGAAUACCCGGUGGAGAUACAGAAUGUCAUAAUCUCUUGCAAAGUAAUGGUUAUCAGAUACCUGAUGUGACGUUUGAUAGUUUAAACACCAAUCAGGGAGUCUUACCAUAUGUACCAGAAUUUCCAGAUAGUUCUGCCAGUAGCUUGUUGAUGAAAGGUUUAAAUUCUCAGUUUCAUAGCUUUAUUCCUCAUAUCCCAAGACGCCAGAAGCGAACCCGGGAACCAGAUGAGUGUGUAUCAUGGUAUAGCAACAGUACUUCAGAUGAUAUUCCCUCACUUGAUAGGGUUCAAAAUGAUGGUUAUCAGAAUAAAAUGUCUCAACUAGCAGUUCCAUGUUUUCCAUACGACCCUGAUCCAGUCACCAAGAAGCUAUUAUCUUUUGGUGUAAAUCACAGCCAUUCUAUUUUAAAUGGCAAUUUUUCUGCUUCUAAGCCCACAGCAGGUGCUGUGAAGUUAGAGCUCCCUUCACUCCAACGUCAAGAAACCAGUUUAGAUCGGUGGAAAUCACCUCCUCUGCCCCCUGUACAUGAAUUAGUGGAUUCUUUCAUCCAGUCUCCCCAAUCUGUGCCACUGCCAUCAGAUUGUCCUUCACCUCGGAGCAGUGGACUGCUGGAAGCUUUGGUUUAUGAGGCUAAUUCGUUGGGCAAUUCAAGGAAUCAGUCUUCUGAAAAGAGUAAAAGUUCCUCUAUGACUUCUCAUAAUAAUGUAACUGACAGUUCUGCUUUUAAAACAUCCUCCACCGAGUUCAGAGACUAUCAUGACGCUAAGUCCCCACUGGGUAAUUCAAUAGGUUCAAUUUUAAGCGAGUGCACUCCUAGGUGUGACAAUGGAAGUUCAUUGGAUGAAAAUAUACCUGGGAUUGAACAGAGUUGGACCCUAGAUGGAGAGAAAAGAGAAUAUCUGAAUCAAUUGCAAAAUUCCAGGCCUGAUGCUGUAAUUGGUUCAUGUUGGCUUGAGCAGAGUACUUUCUGCUUAAAGGAACAUGGCACUGUGAUGGAUGACAUAACAGCUCUUCUUGGAGAUGAUUUAGACACUGAAGUAAAGGACACUAUCCCUGGAACUUCUGCUUUAAGUUCUGAAUGGUGCCUUACCUGGAAUAAUAUGCCCGCUGUCUCCCAAAUAUCUGAACUUCCAUGAAUCACGCUUUUUACAAUUGAUUUCUGAUCAUCAUUCAGUAUGCGAAUCUCAGAUUUUUCCUCGAAGAUCAUUUCGAGUAAACAAAUUCGGACAUUUACAUAGACGAUGCAGGUUCAUCUUAAUGACUGUUUCUAUAAUUAAUGUAAACUUGGGAGGUUCAUUAAGGUUUCUGCUUUCCAGAUUGAUCAUAUGCCUUUUAUCUCAACAUGGGGGUACCUGAAUUGAUGCCAACAUUCUGAAGAUUUGGUAGAUUACCCUCGUUGUUCAAGAAUUCUUGUUUGAGUAGUUCAGUAUUACAAAUGAUGUACUCAUCUAGCACAACAUUUCAGUUAUCAGAUGGGAUUUGUUUUUCUUUUGAGGUCCUAUUCAAGGAAAACAUUAAUUUGUGAGAAGUCGAAUCCUCUUAUUUGCUGCAAUAAUACGUUCUUUUUCUUAUAAUAAUGAAAGGGCAACAGUUUAGCUGACCCCCCUUUUUCUUCUCUAAA